AAUUUUUAUAGUACUUGAAGAAUAGGCAAACAUAAGCACAUAUAAGCGCACAUAAGCACACAUAAGCACACUCGCACACACACAUUCGUAUUCAUUCAUAUUCUUUAUUAUUCAACUAUGUUCUCUCAAGUUACAAGGAUCAUUACACCUCGCUCACGCGCUGCCAACACGCUUGCAAAGUUGGAGGAUGCUCUCUCCAACCCACCCUGCCUUUCCUGCUCGCACUUGGAAAUGAAAUACAAGGCAGUAGACUCAAUGCUUGGCAGAAAGAUUAUUGAGGUGAUGGAGAAGGACCUCGAAAUCCGCCGCAUUACUGCGGAAGCCCAGAAGAGGAGGGUGGCAUUGGAUGUGCGUUACAACGACUACGUCAAUGCAACACGCACAAGCCUCGAGUCAGUGAAUACUGAUUUCAGCAUCGCACAAGAUAGGAUCCAUGAGCUCGAGCAGAUAAAUGGAGAGCACAUGGCCUUGAUCGACGACGCGAAGACGAGGGUUUCUGAGUGCCAGAAGGUUUAUAAUGAUCUUGCUGCAGCACGCUGCGAGAUGGAUGCGCUACGCAAGCGCGCAGAGCAGGCUGAGGCCACCGCCAACAAUGCCAAUGCCGAAAAGGAGGCACUCUGCAAGCAGCUCGACAGCACACACAGCGAGGUCCGAGACCUGCGCGGCCAGCUUGCUGAGGCCACCAUCGCCAUUAAAGAUUCCAUAGCCAAUGGAAAGGAGCUUAACGAGCUGCUUAAUCGCACGCGAAACAUAAACAACGACCUUGAUGGGUGGCUUACGGCGGCUCACACUACCGCCAGAAUUAAGCGGAAGGAGCAUCAAAAGAAGCUCAAAGACGCACAUGACGAGAACCAGAGCCUGAUGAAGCAGCUAGCUAUAGCAACCGCCGACGUCAACGACACCAGGGCUGAGAAAGAGGCACUUUACAAGAGGCUGGCCACAGCAACCGUUGCUGCCAACAAUGCCCACACCAAGGAGAUGGCACUCUGCAAGGAGCUCGACAGCGCAUGCAGCGAGGUCCAAAACCUGCGCGACCAGCUCUCUAAACCUACCGGCGCGAAACAGCAGCAGAACGUCAAAAAGGAGGCACUCUGCGAGCAGCUUGUUGCGGCUACCACCGCCACCAACAAUUCCAACGCCGAAAAGGAGGCACUCCACGAGCAGCUCAAUGAUGUACACUAUUGGAACCAUGACCUCCGCGAGCAGCUUGCCACAGCUACCAUCACCGCCAAUUUUGCCAGUGCUGAGAAGGAGACGCUCCACGAGCUGCUUGCCGCAGUUACUUCCGCCAUUCCCAAUGGUACCAACGCAGAAAAGAAGGCGCUCUGCAAGCUGCUUGCCGCGGCUACAACCUCCAUUUCCAAUGGUGCCAGCGCUGAGAAGGAGGCCCUUCGCGAGAAACUCAACAGCGCACACUACAGUAUCAAUUAUCUCCGAGAGCAGAUUUCUGCAGCUACCAAUUCCGCCAAUAGUGCCAUUGUGAGAAGGAGGCACUCCACGAACAUCUUGCCGCAGCUAUCGCCGCCGCCAAUGGUGCCAGCGCUGAGAAGGAGACACUCCGCGAGCUGCUUCGCAUGAACAUAGCCACUGCCAGCAGUGCUGGCGCCAAGGAGGGAACACCGCAGAACUCUCAUCGCGAGCAGCUUGAUGUGUCUACUGACAAGCCUGGAAACGCACACCGCGCGACUGGCGAGCCUGUAAGUACUCACUGCACAACUGACCAGCUCGACGUGGUCGUCACUACAGCGAAUGGUGCUGAUACUGAGAUGAGGGCGCUGCGUAUGCAGCUCCAUGGGGCUAUCUCUACCGCUAGUGCUGCUUUUGAUGAGAGGGACGACCUGCAAAAAAAGCU